AUGGCGGAAGAGUACGAUCUGGUUACGCUGGGCGCAGGCAGCGGCGGGACCCGCGCGAGCCGCUUUGCUGCGCAGUACUACAAUGCCAAGGUGGCCUGCGUUGAGCUGCCGUUUGGCUUUGUCUCGUCUGAGUCUAUUGGAGGCGCCGGCGGCACAUGCGUGAUCCGCGGGUGCGUGCCUAAGAAGCUGCUGGUUUACGCGUCGGCGUUCAGGGACGAGUUUGACGACGCAGUGGGCUUCGGCUGGACGGCGGCGCGGCCGCCCCACGACUGGAAGAAGCUCAUCGCGUCCAAGUCCAAGGAGAUCCAGCGACUCAACGGCGUGUACGUCAACCUGCUCAAGGGGGCGGGAGUGGAUUACAUAGAGGGCAGGUGUGCAC